CCCCAUGACCAAACAGAGAACAGAGCAGCACUCCGAGCUCCUCUCUCACCCUACGCUCAUCUCACCACACCUGGGAUCCACAUCUAGCCGUCCCUCUUCUGCUAUCAGACAACCAAAGGAACCAUGGUGCUCUACCACAGGGAGUUUGACAAGGCAGGCAAGGCAGCCGGUCUCCAGAUAUGGAGGAUAGAGAAGAUGGAGCUGGUCCCUGUGCCUGAGAACCUGCACGGGAACUUCUAUGUUGGGGACGCGUAUGUGGUCCUCCACACUGUCAAACAGCGGGAUAGCUGCUUCUACGAUCUGCACUACUGGCUGGGUAAGGAGUGCAGCCAGGACGAGAGCACGGCGGCGGCCAUCUUUACUGUUCAGCUGGAUGAUUUCCUAGGAGGGAAGCCUGUCCAGUACCGAGAACUGCAGGGGUUCGAGUCCACUGCCUUCACACGAUACUUCAAGGGAGGCAUCACAUACAAAGCCGGAGGCGUGGCCUCUGGGUUCCAUCACGUGGUCACCAACGACCUGUCAGCUCUGAGACUAUUCCACAUCAAAGGUCGCCGUGUCGUCAGGGCAACCGAGGUCACCCUCAACUGGUCCAGCUUCAACAGAGGGGACUGCUUCAUCGUGGACCUGGGAGCAGUUAUCUACCAGUGGUGCGGUUCAGAGUGCAACAAGUUUGAGCUCCUGAAGGCAGCACAGGUGGCUGCCGGUAUCCGUGACAAUGAGAGGAAUGGCCGAGCAAAACUGGUUGUCGUGGAGGAAGGGAGAGAGCCGUCUACGUUAACUGAGGUACUCGGCAACAAGCCAAAUCUACCAGAAGGUGAUGACAAUGACGAUAUGGUGGCAGAUAUCUCCAACAGGAAGAUGGCCAAACUCUACAUGGUAUCUGAUGCAUCCGGAGCGAUGCAGGUGACCCUGGUCUCAGAGGAGAACCCGUUCUCUCAGAGCCAUCUGCUGUCUGACGAGUGCUUCAUCCUGGACCACGGGAAGAGCAGGAUGAUCUUCAUCUGGAAAGGCCGUAACGCCAACCCCAGUGAGAGGAAGACUGCCAUGAAGACUGCUGAGGGCUUCAUCAAGCAGAUGGGCUACCCACCUAACACACAGAUCCAGGUACUUCCAGAGGGUGGGGAGACUCCUAUCUUCAAACAGUUCUUCCAGGGGUGGAGGGAUAAGAACCAGAGUGAGGGGUUUGGAAAAGUAUUUGUGACCGAGAGGAUUGCUAAGAUACAUCAGGUGGAGUUCGAUGCCUCCAAGCUCCAUGAGUCCCAAAGCAUGGCAGCCCAGCAUAACAUGGUGGACGACGGCACAGGGGACACUCAGAUCUUCAGAGUGGAGAGCAGUGGUCGAGUCCCAGUUGACCCAAAGACGUAUGGUCAGUUCUAUGGAGGAGACUGUUACAUCAUCCUCUAUGCAUAUAAGAGAGGACAGAUCAUCUACACCUGGCAGGGGGCUAGCAGCACUCUAGAUGAGCUCACAGCUUCAGCCUUCCUAACUGUGGAGCUGGAUCGCUCUCUGGGAGGGAACGCAGUUCAGGUGAGAGUGUCCCAAGGUAAAGAGCCUGCCCAUCUCCUGAGUCUGUUCAAAGACAAGCCCCUCAUCGUGUACAAGAGUGGUACCUCACGCAUCGGAGGCCAGGCACCUGCGGCCCCCACACGCCUGUUCCAGGUCCGACGUAACCUGGGCACCAUCACACGCAUCGCAGAGGUGGAGGCGGAGGCUGGCAGCCUGAACUCUAACGAUGCCUACCUGCUGAAGAUGCCCGCGGGGCAGAGCUACCUGUGGGUGGGUAAGGGCGCCAUCGAGGACGAGGAGCGGGGAGCCCGGUACCUGAGUCAGGUGCUGAAGUGUCAGACACAACGCGUCGUAGAGGGACAGGAACCAGCGGACCUCUGGGCAGCGUUAGGGGGGAAGAAGGAGUACCAGACAUCAGAGAGACUGGAGAGUAGCCGCACUCAACAACCUCGCCUGUUCGCCUGCUCCAACAAGACUGGCAGGUUCAUAAUUGAGGAGGUUCCAGGAGAGUUCAGUCAGGAGGACCUGGCAGAGGAUGACGUGAUGCUGUUGGAUGUCUGGGAUCAGGUGUUUAUCUGGAUUGGCAAAGAUGCCAAUGAAGUUGAGAAAACUGAAUCUGUAAAAUCUGCCAAGACAUACAUAGAGACGGAUCCGGGGGUUCGGGAUAAGAGGACCGCCAUAGUGGUGGUGAAGCAGGGUCAUGAACCCCCCACCUUCACAGGGUGGUUCCUGGGCUGGGACACGGCACGCUGGGACUCACACAACGUGGCCAGGACCAUGAAGACACUGCAGAUUUAGCAUAAAUGAAUCCCAACAGUUAUAACACUGUAAUAACACAGUUUAGACAUUUAUAACAUCCACUCUGUAUUCAGCCAAGGGUUUCCAGAUACGAGUGUGAAAUGAGGGUUAACUAGCCAUUCAUGGGACUAGUGUUGGGCUAAGGAAGCGCAAAGUACUUUACUUUUAGGCCUGCUAUGUAUCAUUUUAUUUGUAUUUGUUUGCUUUACUUUUAGGCCUGCUAUGUGUCAUUUUAUUUGUAUCUGUUUGCUUUACUUUUAGGCCUGCUAUGUGUCAUUUUAUUUGUUUGCUUUACUUUUAGGCCUGCUAUAUGUCAUUUUAUUUGUAUUUGUUUGCUUUACUUUUAGGCCUGCUAUAUGUCAUUUUAUUUGUAUCUGUUUGCUGUACUUUUAGGCCUGCUAUGUGACAUUUUAUUUGUAUUUGUUUGCUUUACUUUUAGGCCUGCUAUAUGUCAUUUGAUUUGUAUUUGUUUGCUUUACUUUUAGGCCUGCUAUAUGUCAUUUUAUUUGUAUUUGUUUGCUUUACUUUUAGGCCUGCUAUAUGUCAUUUUAUUUGUAUUUGUUUGCUGUAAUUUUAGGCCUGCUAUGUGUCAUUUUAUUUGUUUGCUUUACUUUUAGGCCUGCUAUAUGUCAUUUUAUUUGUAUUUGUUUGCUGUAAUUUUAGGCCUGCUAUGUGUCAUUUUAUUUGUUUGCUUUACUUUUAGGCCUGCUAUGUAUCAUUUUAUUUGUAUUUGUUUGCUUUACUUUUAGGCCUGCUAUGUGUCAUUUUAUUUGUAUCUGUUUGCUUUACUUUUAGGCCUGCUAUGUGUCAUUUUAUUUGUUUGCUUUACUUUUAGGCCUGCUAUAUGUCAUUUUAUUUGUAUUUGUUUGCUGUAAUUUUAGGCCUGCUAUGUGUCAUUUUAUUUGUUUGCUUUACUUUUAGGCCUGCUAUGUGUCAUUUUAUUUGUUUGCUUUACUUUUAGGCCUGCUAUAUGUCAUUUUAUUUGUAUUUGUUUGCUUUACUUUUAGGCCUGCUAUGUGUCAUUGUAUUUGUAUUUGUUUGCUUUACUUUUAGGCCUGCUAUAUGUCAUUUUAUUUGUAUUUGUUUGCUUUACUUUUAGGCCUGCUAUAUGUCAUUUUAUUUGUAUUUGUUUGCUUUACUUUUAGGCCUGCUAUGUGUCAUUUUAUUUGUAUUUGUUUGCUUUACUUUUAGGCCUGCUAUGUGUCAUUUUAUUUGUAUUUGUUUGCUUUACUUUUAGGCCUGCUAUAUGUCAUUUUAUUUGUAUUUGUUUGCUUUACUUUUAGGCCUGCUAUAUGUCAUUUUAUUUGUAUUUGUUUGCUUUACUUUUAGGCCUGCUAUAUGUCAUUUUAUUUGUAUUUGUUUGCUUUACUUUUAGGCCUGCUAUAUGUCAUUUUAUUUGUAUUUGUUUGCUUUACUUUUAGGCCUGCUAUGUGUCAUUUUAUUUGUAUUUGUUUGCUUUACUUUUAGGCCUGCUAUAUGUCAUUUUAUUUGUAUUUGUUUGCUGUACUUUUAGGCCUGCUAUGUGUCAUUUUAUUUGUAUUUGUUUGCUUUACUUUUAGGCCUGCUAUAUGUCAUUUUAUUUGUAUUUGUUUGCUUUACUUUUAGGCCUGCUAUGUGUCAUUUUAUUUGUUUGCUUUACUUUUAGGCCUGCUAUAUGUCAUUUUAUUUGUAUUUGUUUGCUUUACUUUUAGGCCUGCUAUGUGUCAUUGUAUUUGUAUUUGUUUGCUUUACUUUUAGGCCUGCUAUGUGUCAUUGUAUUUGUAUUUGUUUGCUUUACUUUUAGGCCUGCUAUGUGUCAUUUUAUUUGACAUUUGAGUCAUUUAGCAGAUGCUCUUAUCCAAAGCAACAUACUGUAGCGAGUGAAUACGUUAUUUUCUUUCUUUCUUGCCGGUCCCCCGUGGGAAUCAAACCCACAACCCUGGCGUUGCAAGCACCAUGCUCUACCAGUUGAGCACACGGGACAUCGUCUGCUUGGACAUCUUUGUUUGUUUGUUUGUUUGUUUUUUUUUUUUUCUUGUUACAAAGAUGAAACCCGAAAAUAUAUGAUAUAUUAUGUUGAUUUGAAUGCAGGUCUUUACAUUUGGACUUCUGUAACUGUCUGGAAAUAAAUGUUGCUAUUUGCUUUUUUUUAUGAUAGAAAAUG